CUUUUGCCAUGGCAGCUAGUGGGGAAAGCCCUUUAGCCCGCUACUCUUGCCUUCCGCGGCUUCCGCCACCCCAGGCCAGCUUCCACAGCAGCUGUAGCUGCUUCGUUCCGCCUCCGUCUUAGCACCCCCAGGUGCCGGCGGCCCGGGCCAAGCCAUCGCCUACAGUUCGGUGAGUGUUUCCCUGCCAAAAAGCUAAUGAUGGAAGGGCUCGGAAAACACAGCACAGCCGGUGAAAUGGGCCCAUUACUCGGCGCUGUGGCAGCCACAGCCUCUCCGCAGUCUUUGAUGGAGUACUCCUCAGACGCAGAUUUUAUUGAGAGCCUGCCUCUGGUGGUUAAGUACCGAGUGUACACUCUCAAAAAGCUUCAGGCCAAAUGUGCCGUGCUAGAGGCCAAGUACCUGAGGGAAUUUCAUUCCGUCGAGAGGAAGUUUGCCACCAUCUAUGGACCCUUAUUGGAAAAGAGACGGCAGAUCACCAAUGCACUGUAUGAGCCCACGAAAGAGGAGUGUGAGAGGUGAAGUCCAAGGUCGAGGACUAUGAGUAUAAUGAGGUGGCCGGUGAUUCUAAUGCUCAGAUGUAUGGUGCAGAGGAGAAUCCGGAGUAUGAGGACUUGGUGGAGGAUCGUGAGGAGGAUUUCGAGGAUGUCGGGGAGGUGUUUGGGGAGUAUGAAGGAAUCGAAGGACAUAAUGUGGACGGAGAAAAAGAUAAUCCUACAGGGAUCCCCGAUUUCUGGCUCACGGCUUUAUAGAAUGCCCAGGAGGUCGCCCCGCUGAUUAAGAAAUAUGACGAGGCCAGGCGCAGUGGCUCACGCCUGUAAUCCCAGCACUUUGGGAGGCCGAGGCGGGUGGAUCAC